AUGACAAUAAUUCGAAGAUUAUAUGUGGGAGAUGUUAUUGAGGAGCAUAACGAGAGUCUUGCGGAGUUGAAACCACGUUUUGAGCGCUUCGGACGCUGUCUUAACGAUGGCUUUGAAAGUCAUGGCCAUUUCGCCUAUAUAUCGAUGGAAUUCAAAGACGAAAACGCGUUCUUGAAGCUCAAAAGCAGUCUCAAUGGUGUCAGAUUCAAGCGCAACGUUUUGAGAAUCGAUUUGGCCAAACCUAGCUGGCAAGAACUGAGGGAAACCCAGCAAGAAGAAGAUAAGCUAAUCGAUGCUAAGAAAGAGAAACAACUGCUCAAGCAGCAAUGGGAAUACUACAAGAAGAUAGAGAACAUAAAAAUGAGCUGGACUGAUAGGCAGCAGAUUUUGAACGGAAGAAUGCGCCAAAACCCAAGACCCAAGUCGCAACUGCGAAAUGCCACUUUCAGAAUCAUGCAAAAUGAUGGCCAUCUAAAGGUGUACAAAUGCUACAAGAAUAAACUGUGGGGCUACGAACGGAACAAGCAGCCGCAAGACCUGGUUGCACGCUUCACACAGCAGCGUCACUGGAGAGACGGAACCGGUCAUAUCGUCGACAAACUCGAUUACUCGCGGGCAUCGUCAUGGAACAAAAGGGCCCUACAAGAACCACUCCAGGAUCAAAACAAUGCCGAAAAGAUGUCAGACGCGGAAGAUGUGGUUCCAGAUAAGACUCACGACGUUCUAGAGGACCUUUUGGGUGGAUUCGACUUUGAUAAGCCUUUGCAACUGCAAGAAGAUGAAGAUUUGGACGAUGGUGAAGAAAAAAGUUUGCCCUCUCGUAGCGAGCAUAAGCAAGAUGAGAAUGUGGAAGCUGAGCCGGAGCCACACAUGCCAGAAGAAGAGCCCGAGUCCGAAGAUGAAUUUGUUCCCACUUUUGGAGGCGAGACAGCAAAGCCCGAAGUCAACAACGUUGAAAAUCUGCGAUCUCUGUUUAAUCCUGACGAAGCCGAAAAAUCAACUUUCAAAGUUCUGGGAGAGCCGAACGAUGACAUCGACAUGGAGAAAACAACCCCACAGCAUACUAAAGCUUCAGAAGCUGUUUUGGAUGAUGCAGUAGACGAUACUUCUGACAUACCCGUCCGAGCCACAGCCAAAGGUUUGUUUUUCCCGCAUUUUUCGUCUCCCUUUCUGCAUUCCCAGUCUCAACUGGCCAAACUUAAGACUUCAAGUGAGCUUGGCGAACUUUUCGCCGACUGGGACACCAAUUUCUGGGAAAAUCGCGCUGCUUGGACUAAGGAGAUGAAGCGCAGAAAGAGAGACGCUAUCAGACAGUAUCGUAAGAAGAACUCCAAGUCCAAAGGGAACGGAAUCCUGGUAUAG